GGAACUGUUUUCAUUGCCGAAAUAUUACAUGCGAUCUCAUCAGGAUAAACCAACAUAAAACAUUUGCAGUUAACGUGCGAUGAAUUAACAUUGUUUAAAUUAUUUAAAAUCGCAUUAGCUUGUUUAUAUUGUUAGUUUUAUUCUUUUUUUAUCAUUGUUUAUUUAUUCAAUGGAAGACAGACAUCGAAGAAGGCGAGUUAAGUCUGAUGACGACUCGGAAAGAUCUUUUUCAGAAAGUGAUGUUGAAGGCGACGAUGCAAAUGAAGCUGAAAAUAGCCCCUUGGAAACACCCGAAAAGUAUAGCAGAAGGAGACGAUGUAAUAUUUCUACUGAUGAGUCUGAUGAUUUUAUGAUUUCUGAUCAAGAUUCUGAACCAGCUGAUGUUUCAAAAACAAUUAUUAAUAAUGUGGUGUCUGUUAGACGGAGAAGACGCAAAAUAGCUACUGAUGAGUCAGAUGAACUUUCAUUUUCUGAUCAAGAUUCUGAAGAUGAUGCAAAAUUAAUUUUAAAUAGAAAAGGGAACACUUUAGUAAAAGUGGCUGAAGAUUCUGAAUAUGAAAGUACAGAAGAGGAGAAGGCAGCUAAUGAAACAAAUAAGGAACCAAAAGAUCAAGAGUCUUUGUCUGAAAUAGUAGAUGAGGAAGGGGGCGAAGAAGGCAUUGCAGAGUCUGAAGAUGUUGAAGGAGAUUUUCUCUCGGGUGAUGCCAAUGAUGAUGCCUCGGAAGAAGAAGAGGAGGAAGAGGAAGAAGGAGAAUAUGUUGAGGAAGAACGACAACAAGGAGAUGGAGAGGAAUGUUCACCCUCUAAUACUGCCACUGAAAAAGAAUUGGAUUACGAUGAAGAUAGAAGAAAUCCCCAAUACAUACCUAAAAAGGGUAUGUUUUAUGAACAUGAUGAUCGAAACAAUGAGGAUAUAAAAGAAAAAGAGCCAGAACCAGUUAGAGAUCGAAAAAAGAAAUUGUGGUUAGAUGAAGGUAAAUGGGGACAUGACCGUUUCCGAGAGGAAGAACAGCAUCCUAAAUCUAGAACUGAAUUGAUUGAAACCUAUGGUUAUGACAUACGUAAUGAAGAUGGGCCUCCUCGUGCAAGGAGGAGACGUCGAUAUGGACGAGGUCCUACUAAAUAUGAUCGAAACUGGGAAGAUGUCACUGCAUAUGGCCGAGAAAAAUUCAGAGGUUCUCCUCGAGGAAAUUCAAGGGGACGAAGAGCAUCCGGGCGUUUCAGAGGUGGCCCUGGCUUUCGUGGUCGAGGCCGUAGAGAUUCGAAUGCCAACAGUCCAAGAGAAAAUGAAGCUGAAGAUCUUUCUGCAAAUGAAGAAGUGCCUACCAAGCAGGAAUCUGAAGAUGCUGAAGUUAAUAAUGCUCCAGUUAUCAACAGCAAUGAAUUUCCUGCUCUACCUAGUAAAGAAGCUUCUGAAACACCUGAAGAAACUGUUCCACAACAAAAUUAUUUCAACAAAAAUUCUUCCAAUAUUUCUGAAGCAAAAUCUGUGAGAACAUUAACAUUUGAAAACUCCAACUAUAGUAAUAGGAAUUCUGUAGAGAGAGAAAAUACGCCUAGGCGGGGAAAGACGCCUCCUUUUAGUGCGAAUCAUGAAAGGGGCAGUAGGAAACCUACUCCCCGUGUUGGUAGAGGAUCUGGGAGAGGAGAACAUAGUAAUCGGCGAGGAAGAGGAGGUAUGCGUCACAUAUCGCCUCGUUUUAUGGAAAAUAAAAUGAAUAACUUAAAUGUGGACAUGGAACAAUUAUCUCUGGAAAAUAAUGAUACUUCCAACAAUGUGAAUCCUGAACCUGCUCAACCAAGUGAGAGCAAUGGUGUUUUACCUUCAACUGUAAACAGUAGUGAAGUUUCAAAUAUGGCUCUCAAAGGUGCUGGAGAUUCAUCUGGACGUCCAAAGCGCUAUUCAUCAUUAAGGCAACGUAGCCUUCCAGAAACCACCACAUACCAAACACCUCCACCAACGGUACCACCACCCCAUCCAUCAUAUUAUGAAACGGGAUACCAAACUACUUUAUAUGCCCCUACAGAAACGUGUGUUCCUACUCCCAGUACACAAAGUCAAACCGUUACAACCACCCCGAUCAUGAAUCCUUCAGCAUAUCAAACCUUUACUCCUCCUCCUUAUACUGACAACUAUGGUCUUCGAAUGCCUGUGACUCCUCCUCCUCGAUUGUUCCCUCAAGUGAGCGUGCCCGCCCCUCAACCCCUUCUACCUCCACCUCCAUGUAUUACACCUGCUGCAAAUAUAAUGAGCUUUGCUCCAGCGCCACCUCCUGCCAGUUACCAUCAAUUUGCAUACCAGCAGUAUGCACCAGCACCGCCUCCACCACCACCAGCAGCUCCUCCCAGUGAUAUAUAUACAGCUCCUCCUGCAGGAAUAACGUAUUAUUAUCCUCAAAAUCAGCCACCAACAGUAAGGCCAACUGUUCAGAAACGACCUAAAGCAGCUAUUCCUAUACUACCGCCUCCUGAAAGAGAAACAAAGAGAAAUGACAAGAAAGAUUCCAAUCAAUCUAAUAAUAGGAAUUUUUCUGAAAAUUCAAAUGACCCUGCAGGUGUAGAUGUAUCAUUAAGAACUGAAGCAUCAUCACAGUUACAACCUGCAGUUGGAGUGGAAAGUUAAUCUUGUAUUAUAUAUUUAAAUUAGCUGAUAUUGUUCACUUGACUUAACUAAAAAGAAGCAUUAGCAUUCAUUGAGCAAAUGCUGUUUUUCCACAUUGCCACAAUAGUUUAUUAGACUCGAUUUUUGAAUAAAUGGUUUUUUAAUUGUU